UGGCGGCCAAACCUCCGGAGGCCGGGGGAGGCAAGCGGGCCCGUAGCACAUCCCGGAUCCGGAAUUUCCCGGGCAGGACCGGAAUCAGGAUCGGCCCUGCCCCAAACUGGGUUUGUGAGGAACUCGCGAACUUGGAUUAGGAAAUCCCGGAAUCCGGAUCAACAAACCCUAGAACCCGGAAUUUAGAGCGGAAAGUCCCGGAGCACGGAGCGCGGAGCGAACUCAGCGCGAAGCCCGGAGUCCGGAUCGAGACACCGCCGGACGGGACGGAGCGAUGUCGGGCCGUGGCGCGGGCGGGUUCCCGCUGCCCCCGCUGAGCCCUGGCGGCGGCGCCGUUGCCGCGGCCCUGGGAGCUCCGCCUCCGCCAGCAGGACCCGGCAUGCUGCCCGGACCGGCGCUCAGGGGGCCCGGGCCGGCUGGAGGCGUGGGGGGCCCCGGGGCCGCCGCCUUCCGCCCCAUGGGCCCCGCGGGCCCUGCGGCGCAGUUCCAGAGGCCUGGCAUGUCACCAGGGAGCCGGAUGCCCAUGGCUGGCUUGCAGGUGGGACCCCCUGCCGGCUCCCCAUUUGGCUCAGCUGCUCCACUUCGACCUGGCAUGCCACCCACCAUGAUGGACCCAUUCCGAAAACGCCUGCUUGUGCCCCAGGCCCAGCCCCCGAUGCCUGCCCAGCGCCGGGGGUUAAAGAGGAGGAAGAUGGCAGAUAAAGUUCUACCUCAGCGAAUUCGGGAGCUUGUCCCAGAGUCUCAGGCGUACAUGGAUCUCUUGGCUUUUGAGCGGAAGCUGGACCAGACCAUUGCUCGAAAGCGGAUGGAGAUCCAGGAGGCCAUCAAAAAGCCUCUGACGCAAAAACGAAAGCUGCGGAUCUAUAUUUCUAAUACGUUCAGUCCCAGCAAGGCAGAAGGUGAUAGUGCAGGAACCGCAGGGACCCCCGGGGGAAACCCCGCAGGGGACAAGGUGGCUUCCUGGGAACUCCGAGUAGAGGGAAAACUGCUGGAUGAUCCUAGUAAACAGAAGAGGAAGUUUUCUUCAUUCUUUAAGAGCCUCGUCAUUGAGCUGGACAAGGAACUGUACGGGCCUGACAACCACCUGGUGGAGUGGCACCGGAUGCCCACCACCCAGGAGACAGAUGGCUUCCAGGUGAAACGGCCCGGAGACCUCAACGUCAAGUGCACCCUCCUGCUCAUGCUGGAUCAUCAGCCUCCCCAGUACAAGUUGGACCCCCGACUGGCGAGGCUGCUGGGGGUGCACACACAGACGAGGGCUGCCAUCAUGCAGGCCCUGUGGCUCUACAUCAAACACAACCAGCUGCAGGACGGCCACGAGCGGGAGUACAUCAACUGCAACCGGUACUUCCGCCAGAUCUUCAGUUGUGGCCGACUCCGUUUCUCUGAGAUUCCCAUGAAGCUAGCUGGGUUGCUGCAGCAUCCAGACCCCAUUGUCAUCAACCAUGUCAUUAGUGUGGACCCUAACGACCAGAAGAAGACAGCCUGUUACGACAUUGACGUGGAGGUGGAUGACCCGCUCAAGGCCCAGAUGAGCAAUUUUCUGGCCUCCACCACCAAUCAGCAGGAGAUCGCCUCUCUUGAUGUCAAGAUCCAUGAGACCAUUGAGUCCAUCAACCAGCUGAAGACCCAGAGGGAUUUCAUGCUCAGUUUUAGCACUGACCCCCAGGACUUCAUCCAGGAAUGGCUCCGUUCCCAGCGCCGGGACCUCAAGAUCAUCACUGAUGUGAUUGGGAAUCCUGAGGAGGAGAGACGUGCUGCUUUCUACCACCAGCCCUGGGCCCAGGAAGCAGUGGGGAGGCACAUCUUUGCCAAGGUGCAGCAGCGAAGGCAGGAACUGGAACAGGUGCUGGGAAUCCGCCUGACCUAACUGCUCAGGGAUCCCUUCCUUUCUUCCCAGCCCUGGAGCCACCCCCUCCUCAGCCUGGAAGGGGACCGCCCUCUGGGGCACAGACAUGUAGGAUAAGGAGGGGGUGAGGGGUGUCUCCUGUCACCCUCUGCUCCCCAGCUUUAGUUUCAUAAGUGUAGUGAUAGGAUUCCUUGUUGCUUGGUCCCAAAGCCUUAUUACUUACACGUUGGCUUUAAUCGGAUUCACAGCAGAGGCCUCCUCUGCCCCCCUGCAGGCAGGCCCAAGUAGGACCUGGAGGCUGUGCUUUGACAUGGUAACCGAGACCUUUCAGAACCAAAGGCCCCUGGCUUUGCUUGUUUACAGACCCCCUUGGGGCGAGAGUCAGCGCUGGCUCUGAGGAGCUGGGCGAGGAAGAGGGGCACAGCUCACACUCUUCCUAGCCUUUCCAAACCAAAGUUCUUUGCCAUUCCUACCAGCCCAGCCUUGCUGCUGGUUUUUUUUCCUUUCUUGGGUAUUUGCACUAUUCGUGGAGCAGGUUUUUCUAUGCGGGAGCCACUUUUUUUUGUACAGGGGUAAGCUGGGGUUUUUCAGGGAGCCCUACUUGGUGUCUCUUUCCUUAUUUUCUUUUCUCAAUCUAUGCAAGCGGCUCUGGCCGCCAUCAUCUCCUGAGAGGCCAGAGGGCUGCCACCCCAGCUCUUGGGCCCAGGGGUAACGCCUCCUAGAGGGAGGGCACACUAGUUCUCUGGUGGGGCCUGAGGCAGGGGUGUGUGUGGGCAGGGGUAGGUGCAGGGGAGAGAUGGCGGGGACUAUCGUUGCCCUUUGGAGCUUGGUAAGGAGGGUGGGCCUAGGGCUUGGCAAGUGCCACUUCUGGCAGGUUUGGAAAUUUCCAAAUAAAUCUUUGUUUAUUGGUGGUACCCAGACCUGGUGACUGAACAGUGCGGCCACUCAUU